AACCCUUGGUCGUGCAGAAACGCUCAGGGUUGCAACAGAAACACCCGCCGCCUUUUUCUUUGCAUAUUUAUAAACGCAUCGUAUCCCAUUUCUAUUCUUACCAAGGAUCGAGUUAUUUUUGAGGCCAGUUGCAUGCAUUGUUCGUCUCCAAAAAUGGUUUGCGAGACAAAAAUUGUUGCGGAUGAACACGAUGCCAUACAAGGGACAAAAAAAGAUUCUAUCAUCCUUUCCUCCUCGCAAAUGUGGACUUCUUCCACACCGGCACCGAAUCCUCUCGAGGAAAAUGAUGUGAGGAAAGAUACGGUUUUGAUCCGCGAGUUUGAGCGCACGGACCAUGUGGAAGUGCGCCGCAUCUUUUAUGAGGGGAUAAUGGAGAGAAUACCCAACACCGCGUUCAGAGGCAUAUUACAGCAAAGUCAAACCCAAUUCGUAUAUGCUCUUCUGACACUGAUGUGCUUUGUUGUGACCAAAUCCCUCGCGCUGACCUGCUGCGCGCCGUUCCUUCUCAUGGGCGCGCGCUACUUCUACAGCCACAAAGUCAUCCACAGCUAUCUGGCCUGCGCGCUCCACACUGACAUGGCAGACAUCGAGGAGUAUUACAUGAAACCUACAGGCUCAUGUUUCUGGGUGGCAGUGCUGGAAGGUCAGGUGGUUGGCAUCGUGGCGGCGCAGGGCCGGGAGGACGACAACACGGUGGAGCUACGCCGCAUGUCGGUGGACUCGCGCUUCCGCGGCAAGGGCAUUGCCAAGUUACUGGGGCGUCGUGUGCUAGAGUUCGCCAUGCAUAACAACUACGCCGCCGUCGUCCUGGGAACCACCGCCGUCAAGAUGGCUGCCCACAAGCUGUAUGAGUCACUGGGCUUCCGGCGGACCGGCGGUAGCGAGGAUUACAUGCUGCCCGGAAUGAGCCGCUCGCCGCAAGAGAGGCUCUUCUUCCAGAUCCGUUACCAACGCUACCGUCUGCAGCUCCGUGAGGAGUGAGGGAUGAGAGAGAGGGAGAGAGGGUUGGAGAGAGAUGGAGAGAGAAAGGGGGAGAGAGCAACGACACCACCUCCUUGAGGCAGAGCCCCUCGCCCAACGAGCCUCGACCAAGUCCUUCUCCUCUGACAACUUUAUUUAUUUUAUAUUAUUAGAGUUACUUCUUCUUACUACUACUGUUUCUAUUCAUUCAUCUUAAGUCACUAACUUUUGAUUGGUUUUAGUUUAUUUUUAUUUAUUCUUUACAUUUUGAAUUUUGUGCCCCCCCCCCCCCCCCCGAGUACAUUUAUUGAAUUUUUUUACCCUGUCCUGUUGUAAAAAUAAAAAAAAUCCCUAACAUAUAUCACCAUCCCAUGCCUUUUCAAAUGACAUCAUCAACUGAGUGUUCCCUUUGCUUUUGAUACCAUGUGAUUGUUCCUUACCGUAUUCAUUACCUCUACCAGCCCUCCAACAUCUACCCCCUCCUGCUCAAUACGUGGCAUUUCUAUCUCAAACGCACCCUGUCUCUCAUUAGCCCACUUAAGCCCUCUCCAUUGUCACAACAACGUGUGUACCCAAAAAGACCUAGACAAAAAGACUAAGUAGGUUGGCAUUUGUCCAGCCACUUCAGCACAGCCCAUAUACCAGCAGCCCUGUGGAGAGACAAGAGGAACAAAUCAAAUCAAAUGUUAUUGGUUGCUUACACAUAUUUGAUGGAUGUUAACACAGGUGCAGAGAAAUGCUUGUGUUUCUAGUUGCAACAGUGCAGUAAUAUCUAACAAUACAAAACAAUACACACAAAUCCCCCCAAAUAAAAAGAAAGGAAUUAAGAAAUAUCAGGAUGAGCAAUGUCAGAGUCUGGAAUAUAAAUAUAUAUAUAUGUAUAUGAUGGUGUGUAUAGACAGUAUAUGAAUAGAAAAGGUGUGUACAGCAGUAGUUAUAUAGGAUGAUGAGAACACAGGAUAUACAUAUGAAGGGGGUAUGUAUAUAGGGCAGCAGUCUCUAAGGUGCAGGGUAGAGUACCAGCUGGUAGCCGGCUAGUAAUAAUGACUAAAGUUCAGGGCAGGGUAAUGGGCAGAGGCCGGCUACUGGUGACUAUUUAAGUCUGAUGGCCUGGAGAUAGAAGCUGUUCCUCAGUCUCUCCUUAUCCCAGCUUCAAUGCACCUGUACUGUCUCCGCCUUCUAGAUGGUAGCGGGGUGAACAGGCCGUGGCUCUGGUGGAUUCGGGUGGCAGGACAUGUACUGUGCAGUCGGGUGGCAGGACAUGUACUGUGCAGUCGGGUGGCAGGGUAUGUACUGUGCAGUCGGGUGGCAGGACAUGUACUGUGCAGUCGGGUGGCAGGACAUGUACUGUGGAUUCGGGUGGCAGGACAUGUACUGUGGAUUCGGGUGGCAGGACAUGUACUGUGCAGUCGGGUGGCAGGACAUGUACUGUGCAGUCGCGUGGCAGGACAUGUACUGUGCAGUCGGGUGGCAGGACAUGUACUGUGCAGUCAGGUGGCAGGACAUGUACUGUGCAGUCGGGUGGCAGGACAUGUACUGUGCAGUCGCGUGGCAGGACAUGUACUGUGCAGUCGGGUGGCAGGACAUGUACUGUGCAGUCAGGUGGCAGGACAUGUACUGUGCAGUCGGGUGGCAGGACAUGUACUGUGGAAUCAGGUGGCAGGACAUGUACUGUGGAAUCAGGUGGCAGGACAUGUACUGUGGAAUCAGGUGGCAGGACAUGUACUGUGGAAUCAGGUGGCAGGACAUGUACUGUGCAGUCGGGUGGCAGAAAACAAGCACACACAGGCUGCAUCUCCUAUUCCCUAUAUAUUGUACUGCGUUUGACCUAUCCUAUCACUCCUCCUCCCUCUAUCUCCUCCCCCCUUCCACUAUCUCCUCCUCCCUCUAUCUCUUCCUCCAUAUUUGGUCAUGUUCUUAUCCCCUCAUUCAACACAGUAUCAGAAUGGAUUCUAUAGAAUGACAAUGGUUCCUAAUUCUAUGAUUCCAUUCUACCUGCAUGGGAACUAUGGAGAUGGUCUCUAAUUGGUUGGGAAAACAAGAGGGUAGUUCAGGCUAGGGAUCCCCAUGCAGUGUGAAUAUUUAAGUGUCAAUAUUGAACAUAUUACUCAUUUAAUCAUGGGAUUUUCUAAUGAGUAAAUUAUUUAAUCUAAUUAAACUUUGAGCGUUAUUGAUUCAUAUGUGUACUUAUCAAUUGUUUACUAAUUGAAUCAAGAUAAAUUCUAAAAUUUUUAAUAAGUUUGGAAUUUGAUUAAGGAUAAAUUCAAGAUUUUUAUAAUCACAUACAUUUGAUGGAAGCAUUGCUACAUAGUAGUAUGCACAUUUUAUGGAUACAGCUACAAUUACAAAGUAAUCGCAAUCUAGUAUAUAUUCAAACCAGGUCAUUGGAGAAAACUACUUGGGUAGGCCUAAUACAUUAUUUGCAAUAUUUGCGGACUUAAAGUAUAUGUAGUCGACCUAACAAAAUGCAUCUGAGCACAAAUUUAUCCAUUUGAAUUUAAAUACAAUACUAUAUCCAAUUUACAGGUAUAUUUAUAUCCUUCUGUGUAUGUGUUAAUGUGUACACAGUUGGAAUACUAUACAGUAUGUAGCUGACAAACCCAAAAGGCAACCCCCUCUCUCCCCGUCAUAACGAUAACCACUCUCAUCUCCAUCCUCCUAUCACAGACAGAACCAGCAGAGGGAGAGAUACAACUUCUAUGAGCCCAAGAACUUGUGUCAUACUUGUACAAAGAUAAAGAAAUUAAAUGUGAAAAAAAAAAAAAAAUAACAUAGACCAAAAAGAUAUUGCGCUGAUCCCCAUAGCCUUGACUUCUGACCCUCCCCCACUCCCCAUAGCCUUGACUUCUGACCCUCCCCCACUCCCCAUAGCCUUGACUUCUGACCCUCCCCCACUCCCCAUAGCCUUGACUUCUGACCCUCCCCCACUCCCCAUAGCCUUGACUUCUGACCCUCCCCCACUCCCCAUAGCCUUGACUUCUGACCCUCCCCCACUCCCCAUAGCCUUGACUUCUGACCCUCCCCCACUCCCCAUAGCCUUGACUUCUGACCCUCCCCCACUCCCCAUAGCCUUGACUUCUGACCCUCCCCCACUCCCCAUAGCCUUGACUUCUGACCCUCCCCCACUCCCCAUAGCCUUGACUUCUGACCCUCCCCCACUCCCCAUAGCCUUGACUUCUGACCCUCCCCCACUCCCCAUAGCCUUGACUUCUGACCCUACCCCCACUCCCCAUAGCCUUGACUUCUGACCCUCCCCCACUCCCCAUAGCCUUGACUUCUGACCCUCCCCCACUCCCCAUAGCCUUGACUUCUGACCCUCCCCCACUCCCCAUAGCCUUGACUUCUGACCCUCCCCCACUCCCCAUAGCCUUGACUUCUGACCCUCCCCCACUCCCCAUAGCCUUGACUUCUGACCCUCACCCACUCCCCAUAGCCUUGACUUCUGACCCUCACCCACUCCCCAUAGCCAUGACUUCUGACCCUCCCCCACUCCCCAUAGCCUUGACUUCUGACCCUCCCCCACUCCCCAUAGCCUUGACUUCUGACCCUCCCCCACUCCCCAUAGCCUUGACUUCUGACCCUCCCCCACUCCCCAUAGCCUUGACUUCUGACCCUCCCCCACUCCCCAUAGCCUUGACUUCUGACCCUCCCCCACUCCCCAUAGCCUUGACUUCUGACCCUCCCCCACUCCCCAUAGCCUUGACUUCUGACCCUCCCCCACUCACCAUAGCCUUGACUUCUGACCCUCCCCCACUCCCCAUAGCCUUGACUUCUGACCCUCCCCCACUCCCCAUAGCCUUGACUUCUGACCCUCCCCCACUCCCCAUAGCCUUGACUUCUGACCCUCCCCCACUCCCCAUAGCCUUGACUUCUGACCCUCCCCCACUCCCCAUAGCCUUGACUUCUGACCCUCCCCCACUCCCCAUAGCCUUGACUUCUGACCCUCCCCCACUCCCCAUAGCCUUGACUUCUGACCCUCCCCCACUCCCCAUAGCCUUGACUUCUGACCCUCCCCCACUCCCCAUAGCCUUGACUUCUGACCCUCCCCCACUCCCCAUAGCCUUGACUUCUGACCCUCCCCCACUCCCCAUAGCCUUGACUUCUGACCCUCCCCCACUCCCCAUAGCCUUGACUUCUGACCCUCCCCCACUCCCCAUAGCCUUGACUUCUGACCCUCCCCCACUCCCCAUAGCCUUGACUUCUGACCCUCCCCCACUCCCCCUAGUCUUGACUUCUACCCCCCCCCACUCCUCCUAGUCUUGACUUCUACCCACUCCCCAUAGCCUUGACUUCUACCCCCCACUCCCCCUAUCCUUGACUUCUGACCCCCCACUUCCCCUAGCCUUGACCUCUACCCACCACUCACCUUAGCCUUGACUUCUUCUUCCCCACUCCCCCUAGUCUUGACUUCUACCCCCCCACUCCCCCUAGUCUUGACUUCUACCCACCCCCCCGAUUCUUGACUUCUAUCCCCCCACUCCCCCUAGUCUUGACUUCUACCCCCCCCCCACUCCCCCUAAUCUUGACUUCUACCCCCCCCCCACUCCCCCUAGUCUUGACUUCUACCCCCCCCCACUCCCCCUAGUCUUGACUUCUACCCACUCCUCUUAGUCUUGACUUCUACCCCCCCACUCCCCCUAGUCUAGACUUCUACCCCCCCACUCCCCUUAGUCUUGACUUCUACCCCCCCCCCCCCACUCCCCCUAGUCUUGACUUCUACCCCCCACUCCCCCUAUCCUUGACUUCUGACCCCCCACUUCCCCUAGCCUUGACCUCUACCCACCACUCACCUUAGCCUUGACUUCUUCUUCCCCACUCCCCCUAGUCUUGACUUCUACCCCCCCACUCCCCCUAGUCUUGACUUCUACCCCCCCACUCCCCCUAGUCUUGACUUCUACCCACCCCCCCGAUUCUUGACUUCUAUCCCCCCACUCCCCCUAGUCUUGACUUCUACCCCCCCCCACUCCCCCUAGUCUUGACUUCUACCCACUCCUCUUAGUCUUGACUUCUACCCCCCCACUCCCCCUAGUCUUCACUUCUACCCCCCCACUCCCCUUAGUCUUGACUUCUACCCCCCACUCCCCCUAGUCUUCACUUCUACCCCCCCCCACUCCCCCUAGUCUUGACUUCUAUCCCCCCCACUCCCCCUAGUCUUCACUUCUACCCCCCCACUCCCCUUAGUCUUGACUUCUACCCCCCACUCCCCCUAGUCUUCACUUCUACCCCCCACUCCCCCUAGCCUUGAAUUCUAUCCCCCACUCCCCCUUUCCGACUUCUGACCCCCCAUACAUAAAUCUGACUGCAACCCUGGGCCAGACCCCCUCCUAACCUUUAACCCACACCCACCAUCUUUGCAUGAGCCACAGUCUUGCUGCACUGCUUUUAUUCUAUUUAAACUUGUAAACCCCCCCAAGAGUCAUCAAAGCAGUCAUCAAAGCAGUGUGGUGCAGCUAUGGAGGAGGAUGCAUGGGUGUGUGUGUUGAGUGUCUGGAGGUAGGGUGGGGUUGGGCGAAGAGGUGCAUUAUAUCCACUCACCACAGCACUGCCUCGAUGACAUCAAGCCUGCCAACCGUAGAAUGCAAAAGCAAUGCCAGUGUGGCAUGCCUCUGUUCCUGGUGUGUGCGUAUAUACGUACAGUGCCUGUCCUGGAAAAAUAAUAGCAAAACAGAAUUAACAAAAGAAAAUACAGAAAAUAAGCUUCUUUUUUUAGCUGAACAUUUUAACAAAAUUGUGUUUCUUUGCUUGAGAAUUGUUUAUUUUAUUUUGCAUGCAAUGUGUCUUGAAAAUGACUUCGAUACAUUCUGCCACAUGGCAAGCAGUGGAAAUAAUAAUUGUUUCUAUGUUUUAUUACGUUGAUAUUAUCAGUUGAUUCUCUGUGUUUUUAUCAAGGGAGUGGGGAUAUAAUGUAGCGAGAAGUCUAUGGAGAUGUGGAAAGUGGAAUAGUUUUGUCCUUGUUUCUUUUGGACAAAUGUCAAAAUAUUAGUGAGUGUGUAAGAUCAUGGGAUGCGUUCCAAAAAGCACCCUAUCCCUUUACAGUGCACCACUUUUUUUGACCAAGCCCCCAUAGCUCUUGGGAAGUACCUCAUGUUGAUAUAUCAGAUGUCGGGUCAAACGACUGGCUGUCUACUGUAUUUUCAGAGAACGUCUCGCUGUUCUGACACCCCCUCUCCUUUGUUCAACCAUCUGAAUUGAGAUGUUCACUUUAAGUGCCCUCCACAAGUCAGUAUUGAAGUUCAAAAUGCCUUUCUCUUUCUCCAAAUUGCCACAGUUUGAGUGCUUCCCAAAUGAUACAAUUCCUUACAUCCUGCACUUUUGUGGACUAGGGCCCAUGGGGCAAUAGAGAGAAAAGGGUGCCAUUUGGGAUGCACAUUAUGAUCAACAUUUUUAUCGAUCCUCCCCCUCCUCCGUCUGAACAAUUCCAAACAGACCUGGGUGAAGAAGUUUGACAUGGAUCCACGAGAAUGUACAAGCCAGAGGCAGAUGUUAAAUGGUGAGGCUAUAAGCGUGCACCUAGUGAGUGUACACUACUAAAUGUACACUACAAAGUGUACACCACGUCGUGUAAUAAGUGGACGAAUGUGAAGUCUUGUCAAAGUGAACCAUGACCGCUGCUGUCGCCGUCUCAAUAACAAUAUCCCUCUCGCUAGGCAUUGUGGGAGAUGCAUAGCCUAGGCUGCUAUUUGUGUUCUGAAUAAAUAACGGAAUAUUAUACCAAGCCUACGCAAAGGCCUUAUAUACUGUAAUCAUUACAUGCUGAUGUUCAAAAACCACCACAGAAAACUAUAUGGCUUGUUUGAGAGGAACAGACAAACUACACUGAUGUCACUAUAAUGCAUUUUACUGUACUCCGUUAUUUUCAACUCUGUUUAUAUGGCGAAUGCUAUGGUAUGCCCUGUUUGGUCUGGUCUUACUACCCUGUGAUACCGGCAACGUAUACACAGUAUUAGAAUGUAGAAGAAAAACUGUAUGCAACCACCACUAGAGUGUGAUUAUGUAACUUAAUACUAUUCCAUUCCACUGAAGCUCUGCUGAUGUACAAUCCCCCAAAAAAAUCAUGUUCAUUUUUUCCCCUUUUGGUACUGAGAAAAGGGGAAAAUAUUGUUUGUGUUGACUUGGGACAACAGGAGAAUGUUAAUGUAUUUUUUUGAUCUGCAAUAGAUGGUUUAAUUCAUGCAUGCUGCAUCAGAACUAAAAGCCUAUUUUUUGGAGAGCACCUUUAUCAAGGGUUUUCCAAUCCAAAAACGAUGGUCCCCUUACUGAACUUAGACGUCAAGACAUCUACAGAAGGUAGCCGGUAGAUUGUCUCAUAAAAGUCUUCAUUCGUAGCCUAUCUGACCUGGAAAAAAAUGGUAUGUGACAAAAAUCCCUCAUCCUGUCCCCCAGAUGUCAAGUUGAACAUGCACAAUCGCAGAAGUAAAGAUAUCAAAACCGCACAAGUAGUAUUCCUGUGAGUAUAGGUGUUCCUCCAUUGGCGAGUGCAGAUUUCAAAGGCCUUGGGAGUUAAUAGCAGGAAUGAAUGUAUAUGGGUACCGUUACUAAGGGUCUUUGGUGGGAAAUUUUUAUUUUAUUUUUUGUCUUUUUUGUUUUCUUGAAGGGAGAAGAAAUUGAGACAAAAAUGCGAUAAAUCUGCAAAUGGUUUACCCUAACGCUAAGAGCUACAUUUGACGUUUUAGAGUGACUGUGUACAUAGCUAUAUCUAUUACUGUUGUUUUGAUUUACAGUGUAUAUCUAUCAUUUUUGUUAAUUUCAUCGAUGCUAAAAUAAUGGACUUUGGAACUGUCUGUCUGAGAAGAUGGCCGUCUUUGGGAUGUUCCACCAAACGAGGAGGGGGAGGGGUGAGGGAGAAACACGCCACUGUGGCAGUUUACCCGGAAAGGGGGGGGGGGGGUCUACAGAACUCCACAAAAUGGACUCUCCCUCUCUCUACUCCUCUGGUGAACCUAUCACUCUGCUGUGGCUAACAGGACGAUGAAUUCUCCACUGUGGCCACAGGUGCCAAGAACGCAGAAGCAUUGAAGAAUUGUAGCACAAUUGUGUCUUUUUUCUUUCUUUCUUUUUGAUGACCAGUAUGGAUUUUUCUCCUCCUACCCAAUAUAUAUAUCGCUUUUGCUCAUACACCGUAUGUGUCAUAAGCAUAUAUACAAGACAACAUCAUAUAAAGAAAUGUAUAGCUAUGACCUGCGGCAACGUUUUGGAAAGUUGCAAUUUGCCAAAGGUGAAAGUCUUGCUGCAUUCUUUCGUCAAACUGCUAUUUUGUGUUCAACAAGUGUCAACAAAAGCGUGUAUUUAUCAGUAUCAUUUUGGAAAUCCUGCCCACGUGCCAUCUAAUUAAGCAAUAAAAAAAACUAACAAUGAGACAACGAGACACAAUCGUAUAAAGGAUUUUAUUAACUUUAAUUAAUGCUUCAUUGGUGUUAUAUCCCAUAGUGAGUCGGGCGCGGUAACGCUAUCACUGUUGGCAUGGCAACACAUCACCACUGAAAUGUAGAGGCCUGAAUAUGAGGUGUGAUUGUACAAUGAUUCUUUGAGUAUUUUUCUUUAUAAGAGGUGUCCCAUAAAAAAAUGUUGUGUUUUUUUACUUGAAGAUUCUACUGGUGUACCACUUGCAUAGUUUGUACAGACAGUUUGUACAGGAGAAAAGGACAGUCCCUCCCAGCAGACAAGAGAAAGAUGGCAGGGUUUCUGAAAGUGUAGUAUCAUGGAAACUCAAUUUACUGCAUUGCAACUACAGUGAUUCGUCAAUGCUACUGAAAAUAAAACAAUCCACUAGCCUACAUCACGGUUUUAACCGCAGGCAAAAACCAUACAGGUUCACAACUUGAAAAAAAGCUUGUACGAUUUCCUUGAAAGAGAUUCAUUUUAUUAUCAAUGAUUUAAUAAAGUUGUAAAGUGUAUUUUACUGUAAAUAGUAUCCACAGAGGAUAUUAUAUGAUCCUUUUGUAACAGAAAAACAAUGGAAAUACCUUAAUAUAACAUAUUUUACAAAGUUUGUAGAAUCACACAAAAUCUGACUAAAGCUGAGAUGGAUUUAUAUAGAUGAUCUCUCCAACUCUAUUCUCUCACUAAUCUCAGAAAACCAGAGACCGUUUGUUCAUUUUGAACUGCUUUCAGAGACCACUGCCAUCUUUGCCAAGUCAGUAGUCACAGAGAAAGUCUACUGUUGUCCUGCUCUGCUGGAGAGGGAGUAGCCUGUUAGUGGCUGGAGAGAACCCAACACUACAGCACAGUCAGUGGUUGCAUCCAUUUUUUUCCCUCCACUUUAUUCCCUAUGUAGAGCACUACUUUUGCCAAGGGCUCGUAAGGCCUCUGGUCAAAAGUAGUGCACUAAAUAGGGAAUAGGGUGCCAUUUCAGAUGCAGCGAGUGUGUUAGCUACCGCUAGCAGUGUUGCAGCGGCAAUGGAUUCUCUCCGCUUUCGGAUCCCUAGAUGUCAUGGCCGUCUGUUGCUAGGAUACCAACCCACACAAAGCACUGCAGGGGAAUGAUAUGCAGCCACACUGAGGGAGUGAGGAGGCAGGCAGGUCAGGUCAGCUGGCUGGGCUGUCCCAAAGGGAGAGGAGGGUGGGGGUGAGUGAGUGAGUGUAUGGCAAGGCUGAGGCUAUGGUAAAGGGGGUUGAGGGGACCUUGUAUAAUGAUGUCUUGGUGCAUAUAUGAGGCCACUGGGGAGAAGGGGGGCUUGGGAAAAUAAGGUGAAGAGUGAGGGGGGAAAGAGAGGGUUAUUAUAGAGGAGAUAUGUCAGGGGGAGUUUGCACAGACAGUUGAGGGUCUGAGAAUGAAGAGCAAACGAGAAGGGGCUAGCGGAACCCAUGGGUAAAGUGGAGAGAUGGGAUCAAUGGGUUCAAGGCCUUAGCGAGAGGUCAGCCAAACAGAAAGGAGAAGGGGCUAGCGGAACCCAUGGGUAAAGUGGAGAGAUGGGAUCAAUGGGUUCAAGGCCUUAGCGAGAGGUCAGCCAAACAGAAAGGAGAAGGGGCUAGCGGAACCCAUGGGUAAAGUGGAGAGAUGGGAUCAAUGGGUUCAAGGCCUUAGCGAGAGGUCAGCCAAACAGAAAGGAGAAGGGGCUAGCGGAACCCAUGGGUAAAGUGGAGAGAUGGGAUCAAUGGGUUCAAGGCCUUAGCGAGAGGUCAGACAAACAGAAAGGAGAAGGGGCUAGCGGAACCCAUGGGUAAAGUGGAGAGAUGGGAUCAAUGGGUUCAAGGCCUUAGCGAGAGGUCAGCCAAACAGAAAGGAGAAGGGGCUAGCGGAACCCAUGGGUAAAGUGGAGAGAUGGGAUCAAUGGGUUCAAGGCCUUAGCGAGAGGUCAGCCAAACAGAAAGGAGAAGGGGCUAGCGGAACCCAUGGGUAAAGUGGAGAGAUGGGAUCAAUGGGUUCAAGGCCUUAGCGAGAGGUCAGCCAAACAGAAAGGAGAAGGGGCUAGCGGAACCCAUGGGUAAAGUGGAGAGAUGGGAUCAAUGGGUUCAAGGCCUUAGCAAGAGGUCAGCCAAACAGAAACGAGAAGAGGCUAGCGGAACCCAUGGGUAAAGUGGAGAGAUGGGAUCAAUGGGUUCAAGGCCUUAGCGAGAGGUCAGCCAAACAGAAAGGAAGUGAAAAGGAUUUUCUCCUGUUUUGAAUGUAGUUAAGGCGUGGCCAGCUGAGUCUCGACCGGGCACCGACCUCACCUGAAUACAGUCUGACUGCAGUGACCACCUGCUUCUACUUUUCUAGGCUCGUAUUCAAAAAGCGUCUGGGAGUAGGCGUGCUGAUAUAGGAUUAGUUGGACCUUUUAGAUCAUAAUGAAUAACAUUAUAUGGACCCGGGGGGAGGACAUUAUCUUAGAUCAAGACUCCUACUCUGAGACGCUUAGUGAAUACGGACGAUGGGGUCUGUUCGAUUAUCCUUUCUGUUCCACCUCCUGACGAUGUUCCUUUCUUUGGACUGCUGUAUUAUCACUACUGAUUUACACUUUCUUUGUUUUUACUGAUCCAUGUAAAGCUGUAAAGAUAAGGAUUUCCUGCAUUGUGAAAGAGAAAUGGAUGUACAUAUUGUAUGGAUUAAAACAGCGAUGCAUAAAGCUUUUA